AUGAAGCCGAAAGGGGGUUGGAAGAUUGGUAAAUUGGAUGGUCGCCACAUUCUCAUUCAAUUAUCAAAUGAUGAAGACUAUACUCAUUUGUUUGCGAGAAGACUUCUUCGAAUUGAAACUCGUGUGAUGGAGUUGCAUCCAAAUUUAAAACCUUCAAGUAAAAACGCUUCUGGAUAUGCCUCACCUCAUACCUGUCCCUCUUUCGCUCCUGAGUGCAUUCCACAAACUAUUGAAAUACCGGUUGACACGAUGCCACCUCCAGCUCCUACUAUCGGAGACAAUACUCUCUCUGUUCUUCCGACUGAUAUAUUGGCAGAUGGAUUUCUUAAUGAGCUUGAUGCUUUGGGAGGAUCAUCUUGGUUGGCAUAUAAUGUCAAUUCAAAAAGCAUUGGUACUUGGAACAGUCCACUUGGUGCCCUUAUUGCAGGCAUCUGCCAGAUUGGUCUUUCAGGUUGGAGACCUGAGGAAUGUGCUGCUAUAGAAAAUGAAAUUCUUGCAUGGAAACAAAAAAGUUUUUCUGAAAGUGAAGGUGAUGUGGAUGGAAAGCAUAUCUGGGCUCUGAGGCUCAAGGCUACCCUUGAUAGAGCAAGGAGGAUGAUUGAGGAAUACUCUGAAGCACUGCUCCAAAUAUUUCCCGAGAAAGUUGAGAGGUUGGGGAAAGCACUUGGAAUUCCUUCAAACAGUGUAAGAACAUACACUGAAGCUGAAAUACGUUCCAGCAUUAUAUUCCAGGUUUCAAAACUUUGUACCGUCCUUCUUAAAGCAUUACAGACUACACUAGGUUCAUUGGGCUGGGAUGUUCUUGUCCCAGGCGUGGUACAUGGAACCUUUCUGCAGGUGUGCAAGAACGUAUUUUCAUUAGUAUAUAUGAGAAUGUACAUAUCGAAUUGAUCUAUUUGAUAGGAAUAAUGAGAACAAUUCCCAUUCCCAAUUUUGC